UCUCUCUGGGUCAUAUUUUGUUUUUGUUGCUGUUCUCGCUGACUUGUUUUAUGUUUAAUCAAAGUUGCGCAUAAAUUUCGCUGCAAAUCGUUAACUAUUUGCGCAUUUAAAUGCAGCCGCCCCUUUUUAGUUGCUUGUGCUAGGAGUUCUAAUCCUGGAAAGUUCGACGGAUAUAGAGACGGACACACAUACACACGUAGAAACGGAAGAAGGACUCAAGGAUUUAAUUCAAGGACUGCAGCAACAAAAACACAGCAACGAUGUCGGUAGCAGGGCUUCGACAAUGUCUGCUGCUCUGGAGCGUCGACUACUGGAACUUGGAAGUCAUGGCUGACAAUGUCUUCAAGUCGCACGAUAUCGGGCUGCGAGCGCAGAAGAAAAUCCUCUCACGCAUGGCCACUAAAAACAUCGCCAAGACGUUCAUUGAUGGAACAACGGCCUCGCUACUGGACAACCUGUACAGGCUCUGCAAGAUGCACACUGGGAACAAGGCUAAGGCGGAGAAGCUGAUAAAGAACAUCAUCAAGAUCGUUAUUAAGAUCGGGGUUUUGCAUCGGAAUAAUCAGUUUAGCGAGGAGGAGCUGCAGAAAGCAGAGAACUUCAAGAAAAAGUUUCAGAACACCCAGCUUUCCAUCAUAUCAUUUUACGAAGUGGACUUCACCUUCGACCUGGCCUACCUGCAAAAGUCUAUAGCCGAGUCGCAAGAGGCACUGAAGUCGAUUGUGCAACCGCAUCUUACAGAGAAAUCGCUGGGUCGCAUCGACGAAGUAUUCGAUUUCUUCGGCGAGGAGGCGCUACUAGAAACAGCUUUCAGAUCAGAUUCGCCCUACCGCGACGUGAUGGGAAAAAUUGUGGCCGACAUUAAUGCUGCCAUGGAAACGGGCGACAUCUGAGGAGAUCCAACUAACGAACUGAGCUGUCAUUGCGUGCUAUGAAAGAAAGGCUAUCAAAACCAAAAAGCAGCCAAUAGCUAGUUGCGAAUGGAAAACGCUUGCUUAAAAGCUCACCCACCAACACCAAAAUACAAAUCUAAAUAUAGAAAUGGAUAUGGAACAGCAGCGACAGCAGGGGGACAGCUGGGAAAGAAAGGGAAAAGACAUGUGUUUAAACAAGAGUUUAAUUUAGCUUAACUAGUGAUAUACCAUUGACAACAAUAUCAAAAGUGUAAAGACGUCCGUAUUGAUUGUUUUGAUGACAACGUUAACAUUUGUGUACUCAAGGUCUAUAUAGUAAUAAUUAGGAAGAACCAAAUGCAUUUCGCCAAAGGAAUUCACCAAACGGAAAUUGUAAACUCGAGCAAAAUGCUUUUAUCGGUGUGUAAGUCGUUGAUUGUACGUGUGAAAGUAACUUUAUAUGUGUAAGUCUAAGUGUUAAAUGGGAAAUACUUCAGCACAUAAGCAAUUAUUCGUGGUCUACUUUUUGAUACUCUAUAACUCGCUGUAUCCAAUCGCAAUUCGCUGAAUACACCGUCUUAGUCACCCUUCUUCGUACUUAACUGAUCGUUGCCGAUCGAAAUCACCUAAAUCACCUGUAAGCGUUAGUCCAUGCUAAGUUGUUUAUGCUAAGUUGUCACCAGAACCUGUUUGCCCCUCGGCUCCUUUCGUCUGAGAGCCAGUUUCACACAUCUAUUUGUAUUUCUCUAUGUAUUCCAAACCUCAAAGGGGUCAGUAACCUUAAGGAUUAUUUAUGAUACUCCCACAAUGAUAUUCCAUGUACCCGAAACAUAUCGAAACUAUCUGAACGGAAACCACGCGUAGGGGACAAUAAGUUGUUCGAAUUUUUGUAUAACUUCUAGUUCGAUAUUUCAAGCGGAGAAAGCACAAUUUUAGUCGUCUAGAUUUUAAAUAUUUAUUUGUUUACCAACAAAACUAUGUUGACUAUAAAAAUAAAAGCAACAAUUACCAAAAA